AUGGAGCAGGCGAAAAAGACAAGGAGUGGAAACAAAACGGGGAUCACAGGUUCGAGACCCACCCCUCUCAAGGUUUCCAAGGACUCUCACAACUGUACAAAGAUUAAACCUGUGAUUAUAUACCUUCGAUCUCCUGAAGUUAUACACACGCAGCCUAAAGAUUUCAAGGCGCUUGUGCAGCGACUCACAGGCUCCUCCUCCUCUUGUACUCAACACAGGGAGGAUUUCAGUGCUCUUCAAACAAAUACUUCGGUUUUCUGUUCUUUGGAAAAUAAAGAGACGACCCACCAACUCCAAGCCACCCCUCCGCCGCCAGACGUAUGGCCUAUUAAUGAUUGCCUUUCUCAACUGAUUUCUCCGCCAUGGAAUUCCUUUGCAGAAGACUUGGAUUUGGACAUGCUUUGGGAUUCAUAG